AUGGACGCAAGGGGGGCGCGGCUUACCGACGGCGGCGACGGCGACGGUGGCGACGUCGGCGCAAGCGCACCACCUGUUCGACGAAACGCCUAUGCGUCAUCAUCGACCGCCAUGAAUGGCGGUUUCCCGCGCGGCAAGCGCGGGCGGAACGCCACCGCAACCGCUGGCCCAGACUUUCUCAGCGCCCUCCCCGAGGGUAUCCUCCACCACAUCAUGUCCUUCCUGAACGUGCGCCAGGUCAUUCAGACGUGCGUGCUGUCGUGGCGGUGGCGCGACCUCUGGCGCUCCGUGCCCCGCAUCAACGCCAACUACUGCGAGCUCAGCAUGUCCCCGAUCGCCGCCUUCACACCAGACAACGAGGCGGCGUUCAAGAGGUUCGUCAACCGGCUGCUCGAGCGCCGCGACCCCGCCGCCGUCAUCCACACCUUCAACCUCAGAUACACCAUUUCCAACCCAAACAACCGCGAUAACGACUCGGCGGACGCCAACAGGUGGAUCAGCCACGCGUUGCAGAAUCAAGCUAGUUUCCUCAAGAUCAUCGUGGAUGCGCACGAAUUGCACCUCGAUCACACGGUGUUCACAUCAUGCUACUUGGGUAGAAUCACUCUCAAGAAUGUGUUCUUGGACCAAGGCUUCUUCGAGCAGCUGGAGAUUGGCUGCCCACUGCUGCAGGAUCUCCUCUUGUACGACUGCAUCAUUGGAGAUGAUGAGAUCUCAUCUGAGACCCUGAAUGUUCUCACCAUGUAUGGAUGUCAGUUCCCAACUCUGCAGGAGAGCUGCAUUUCUGCGCCGAAUCUGACAUCUCUGAUCAUGCAUCAGCCUGAGAACUUCGUGCCCGUACUGGACGACGUCGCGUCGCUGGUGACGGCAACAGUUGACCUGUUUCCUCUCAUCGAAUUUUGUGCUUAUGACAUGCGCCAGUUGCUCUGGAGCCUUUCUGGUGUUAGAAAUUUGGACCUCGAUUACUAUGCGUGUAAGAGCUCACCAAAACUGGAAAAGCUUACUCUGAAACUCGAAAAGUAUUAUCCGCAUCCAUAUGAACAUAUCAUUGGUGAUGAGCUUACAGAAAGAUCGUUUACAUGUGAGCAUCUUAAGAUUGUUGAGAUCAUAUGCAUGGAGGAUGAUGAACCCCUGGCCAAGAUCGUGGAAGGCUUGUUUGUUGACAAUGGCAUGAACUCUGUUCGGUUUAACACUGGGUAA